AUGCUGUUAAAAUCUAUUCUUGUAAUACUAUCAUUUACAGCAAUUGUUUCAUUUAUUAAUGCAACAUGUCCAGAAUUUAUGAAAAAUCAAACGGCAUGUACAUGUGUUGAUUAUAUGGAUGGACCAGUUAUAAAAUGUUAUGGUCCAACAGGACCAACUAUUGUUGAUAAAUUGAAAAAAAAACCUAUGGAAAUUAGAGAAUUGGUUAUUGAGAAAGCAAAUAUUAUUGAAAUUGGUGGACGUGCCUUUAAAAAUUUAAAGAUAAAAAAACUUGUUCUUGAUAAUAAUAAAAUUAAAUUUAUUCAUCAAGAUGCUUUUAAAGGAUUAGAAAAUGUUUUAAUUGAUCUUUCAAUUAAUAUGAAUAAACUUCCUGAAAUACCAACAAAAGCAUUGGAACAUCUUAAAAUUUUAUCAAUAUUAUCACUUCGUUGUAAUAUGAUCUCAGAUAUUAAUGGUAUUGCUUUUAAAUCAAAAAUGAACUUAAUUGAUUUAAAUCUCAGUUGUAAUCAAAUUUGUGACAUUCAUAAAGAUGCUUUUAUUAAUAUUAAACAUUCAAUACAAAAUCUUGUUUUUGAUCAAAAUUGUUUAAAAAAAAUUCCAAGUGAAUCUAUAAAAAAUAUGGAUAAUCUUAUUGGAUUACAUUUUAAAUAUAAUAAUAUAAAAAAAAUUGAAAGUGGUGAUUUGAAAAAUCUCCCAUCACUUAAUAUUAUAACAGGAACUGGAAAUAAAAUUGAAACAAUUGAGAAAGAUGUUGUUGAAAAAAAUAACACUAUUAAAUAUAUUUAUUUUAGUGAUAAUGCAAUUACUAAAUUGGAAGAUUGCAAUUUGGAAAAUUUUAAAGAAGUUGAAGUUGUUGAUUUAAGUUUUAAUAAAAUAUCUGAAGUUCCUACAAAUAUUUUUUCAAAAUUGGAACGUCUUCAACAUCUUAAUCUUGAAGCUAAUGCUAUAAGAGAUAUUUCAAAUGGUGCUUUUGAUGGCAUUCCAUUACUUCUUUUAUGGCUUCCACACAAUUGUCUUUCAAUGAUUUCAGCAUCAAUGUUUAAAGGAGCUCUAUUUUUGAGACAAGUAUCAUUAGCUCACAAUAAUAUACAUGUUGUUCAACCUCUUUCAUUUGCUCAUUUAGCUAAUUUACAUACACUUGAUUUAUCAUUUAAUAAAAUUAAAAAUCUUCAACCAGGAGCAAUUGAUGGAUCAGAUUAUUUAACAGUUAGAUUACAAGAAAAUCCAAUGGUAUGUUCACAAGAUGGUUUCCAUGUUAUGAAUGGACAUGAUGCUAUAAAUCUUACAACUGAACCAAAUAAUAUUUGUAAAGCUGAACAUAAUAAUGAUUUUAUUGAUAUUUGUCCUAAAAAAAUAUCACCACCUGGUCCACAAGCAUGUUGUAUAAAAAAAACAAAUAAACCAACAACUACAACAACACCAGAACCAAAAAAAUCUAAAAUUAUUUUAUCAACAAUUAAACCAAAAGUAAAAUUACUUGAUAUGCAUCCACAACAAAUAACUUUAGAUAGUGCUGGUACAAAUAUGCAUAUUAAAAGAAGAAAAUUUAAUAUGGAACGUUUUUGGAGAUUAUCUAAACGACCAACAGAACCAUUAACUGGUGUAGUAAAAAAUAUUGAAACAACACCAGAGCCAAAAUCAAUUGAUGAGGAUAAACAGAGUUUAGUUCCAGGUGAACAUAAUGAAUUUGUAACAGUACCAAUAAGUGAUGGUAAACGUAAAUCAGAAGAUUCCAAUUUCAAUGUUGAUGCUCAAGUAUCUACAGUUGAAAAAGAUGUUCAUGUCGCACUAACAGCCUAA